AUGCUAAUACUUAUCAUUACAGAUAUGGAAUCUACCGCCGCUUUUGAUUUUGGUGAUGGUAAUGAAUUGACUACGCGCAGUUCUGAUGCUACAAGAGAACUUGCUCGUAAGCAUGGUGGUGUGAUACCACCAGAAUCAGAUCAGACUGGUCGGUAUUUCCAGCCUAGGUUCGUCACAAGAGACCCUCCUCCUAACGCUCUUCUCUAUUCGUACGAGGAAAGUCAAUCGAAGGCCGCAAGUAGUACAGACAUGGCGACAGGAGGAGAAACAUCUUCGAAGGCAGUCGAGAUGGACUCUUCCAAGAAUACAGAGAGGACUGUUCCCUCUGGAAGUGAUGACGGGUCCGAAGAGAUGAGACUCAUGAGCGCGUCCGACUCUUUUGAUAAUCAGAUCGGACAAUACCGUCCAGUCUCGCGCAUGGCGCACUCGUCUCGACCGGUUCCGUACCGAUACGGCGCCAACACGUCCUACACACGAGCGCAAAAUGCCGAUGCCUAUAGAAGAUUCCAUGAGUCCUUCUCAACGAGCCACUCUGGGCCCGUCGCACCUUACCAAGGUGGACAAUCUAACGACGUAAGACUAUCCACGGAAGAUGAUUCGUACCAGGCAAGCCGAGAAAUUGCGAAUCGCAUCUCGAUGCUGUCCACUUUCCUCGGUCGUUCUCCAGGAAUUGCGGGCGAUCAUACGUCCCACACGAAGCUGUUGACCGAGAUCAGCCAGAUCGUUACUUCUGCGAUUUGUAACUUGCGAUUCGAGCGUGACAACGCUCGAAGAGAUGCAGACAGAGUGUCGCACCGAGCAUUCCGUGACAAUGCCACCUUUAGGACCGACAAUCGUCGUCUUCAGGAAGAUGUCAAGAAGAUUCUCAAUAGAGAGAAGAACCUGAAGCGAGAGUUGGAAAUGGAACACUCGCGUCUCAAUGCUAUGAAGUAUGAUCUCGAGAAUACCGAGAAGGAAGCCUUGAACUUCCGAGACCACCAUGCGCAGAUUCGAGUCGAAUUUAAGAAGUCUGAGGAAACUCAGAGACUCCACAUUCAGUCUCUUGAAGGAGAGAUCAAACGCCUUCGAAUCCGAAAUGCGCAGUUAGCCAAGUCUGCUGGCCAAGAGGUAGAAGACGAUUCCAUACAGCGACCAGAGUUCUCCCCGCCAUCCGCUCCGGAGUCGCACAAGGCGGACGCACCGUCGGAAUCAACGGAAAACCAUGACUUUCUUUGGGGAAUGCUCAAGAAGAAGAGUGAUGAACAGAGUAAGCGAAGCAAAUCUGAAAACUAUGGCAACAAGAAGUUUGCGAACUCGCCUCAGAGUGCCGCUGCUGGCCCAUCCGUCCGACGCAAGGAUUCUUCAUCGUUUAAUCCCGAGGCGCCAUCAUUCCAGCCACCAUUGUCAUCGAAGAACUUGGCGGCCGUAAGCGACAUGGGUCCCGCACCCAGCCCGAUCGGAGGUCCGUCUAACUGGCCUGCAUUACUUUCUCACAAUGGCAAGACACCUGCUACAGGUCGCUCGGAUCUAAAGCCUACGACUGUUGUCCAUUCACCCCUCGAGAGUGGUGAGAAACGCCACAGCGGCAUUACCCGCUUCAACAAUGAGGCUUGGACUAUUCAGGACAUUGAUCAGGCCCUCACGCGCUUGACCUUGCUCACGAAAGGCUACAUUGUCCGAUGUCAUAAGCAUGGUGAGCCGACGAAGGUCUCGCACAAGAUGUUGUCGCGCAAGGAAGAGACUACAUGGAAGUAUGUCGUCAACCUGGUCUUUACGAACAACGUCUUCCAGGCAGAAAGUCAUAUGACCAAUCUCUUGAGCAUCCUGGCUUAUCGCAGCUGUCUAAUCAUGCGAAUCAUCCAGGAUUACCUAUUCCGCAAGGUAAUCUCGCCAUCGAUCUUCCUCGGCUUCAACGAGAAGCUCGACCAGCACCUCGCCGCUUUGCAGGACAGGAUCGCGCAGUUUAGCCACCCCGACUACGUGUGCAAUGUCCGCGACAGACAGGCCGUGUUGAAAGACCACGCUAAGAUCGUCGAUGAAGCGCUGAAAACCCCGGGUAUGAAGGAAUUCAAGACUGAGACAAUUAACCGCCACACGCAGAUCCUGACAGGCAUCCUUCACCCGCUCCGCGCCGUCGACGUGACUGACAGGGAUGCCCACGCGGGUAUCCGUACCAUUGUGACUCUCGGUUGGGACAUGAGCACCAAGAUCUGGACCUCCGGCAUGAUGCUGUCGUACUUCUUCCCGCAAUGCGGCGUCCUGUUCUCCGAAAGCACCAUGAAGGCUGUGAACCUCGAUGCUUAUCACGUGGGGACGCAGAAAGAGCUGCAGCUUAUGCAAGCGGUGGUGUCUUUCGUCGUAACGCCCUCGCUAUCCGUUCGCGACGACCGCGACGGCGUUAACAACGGGGUGCACGGGCUGAGGAAGGCUGAAAUCAUAGCUAUGGAUUAAGCUAUGAGAUUUCUUCUCUUAUGAGCCCAUCUGUCCGUUUGCGAGGACUUGCUUUGAUGAGCCUAGGUUGCGGAAGUAAUCCGUACAAUACGUACUUCUCUCGUACCGGAAAGACGACCUUUACAUAUUACACAAGGCGUCAUACAUACACACAUUACUUCGCAUCCGCCUAUGAUGAUUGCUUGCCGAUACAGGCACAUGCUUUUUGGACCAUAGGCUUUUCACUGGUAUCAGUCUUCGUUCGUACGAAUCAGUUUUUCCUUCGGUUAUUUCCUUUUCAUGAUUUCGUCGACUUCGGUACUCUAACC